AUGGAGGGCGCCACCGGCUGCGGCGUCCAUGUCGUCUCCCGGCGCAUGGUGCGCCCAUUCCCGCCGCCGCCGAUGGUGAACGGGAAUAACGGCUGCCAUCCGCCGACGGUGAACGGGAACGGCUGCCAUCGGCACAAGGAGGAGGCCGAGGUGAUCCACUUGACGCCGUGGGACCUACGCCUGAUCAGCAUCGACUACAUCCAGAAGGGCAUCCUCCUGCCCAAGCCUCCAUCCGAGGACGACAACGACCUCGUCAACGCCCUCCAGUCCUCGUUCGCGAGCGCCCUGCGGCUUUUCUACCCGUUCGCCGGCCGCCUCGCCUCCGAGGAGCGCGGCGACGGAACCGUGUCCGUGUUCUUGCGGUGCAACGGCGAGGGCGCCGAGUUCGUGCACGCGGUGGCGCCAGAGGUCGCCGUCGUGGACAUCAUCUCCUCGCUGUACACGCCGCCCGUGGUUUGGAACUUCUACCCUCUAGCCCUUGUUCUUGGCGCGGACGCCGCCAUCGAGCAGCUUCCCGUGCUCGCCGUGCAGGUCACCGUGCUCGCCGACGGCGUCUUCAUCGCUAUGACGUUGAAUCACUCCGUUGGGGAUGGCACCGCAUUCUGGCACUUCUUCAACACCUGGUCGGAGAUCAACCGAGCCGCUGGCGGCGGCGUUGGCAUCAGUGCCGACCUUCCGGCCGAUUUGUCAACGCCGCCGCCGGUGUUCAAGAGGUGGUUCCCCGAGAUAUGUCCGGUGCCGAUCCCCAUGCCAUUCCGCAAGCUAGAGCACAUUGUACGGCGGUUCGAGCGCACUCCGGUGAAAGAAUGCUUCUUCACCUUCUCCGUAGCCAGUGUCAAGAAGCUCAAGACGCGCGCGAACGAUGAGAUGGCCGGCAGUGCCACGGCCACCAUCUCGUCGCUCCAGGCGGUGCUCGCUCACUUCUGGCGCGCCGUGUGCCGAGCCCGGCGCCUCCCUCCAGAGCACGGCACGCUCUACUCGGUGGUCGUCGGGUGCCGCGGGCGCGUGAACGGCAUACCGCCGGGCUACGUCGGCAACGCAUUGGUGAUCGGCAAGGCGGAGGCCACCGCCGGCGAGAUCGAGGAGAAGGGGCUGGGCUGGACGGCGUGGCUGCUGAACCGCGCCGUGGCGUCGUUCGACGAGGCGACCAUGAGGGAGUCGCUGGAGCGGUGGGUCCGGGAGCCGGACUUCACGUACAUGGACAACCUGUCGUCUGCCGGCACUGGGCUGGUCACCGGGAGCUCGCCGAGGUUCGACGUGUUCGGGAACGACUUCGGGUGGGGGAAGCCGCUCGCCGUCCGGAGCGGCGCCGGGAACAAGGCCGACGGCAAGGCCACGGUGUUCGAGGGGCCGGAGCGGGGAGGGAGUAUAUCGCUAGAGGUGUGCAUCGCGCCGGAUGCGCUCGGGAGGCUCGUCGCCGACCAGGAGUUCAUGGACGCGGUGAGCACGCCGGCGGCAUGA